UAUCACUCUAUUAGUCUGAGUUCGUUAUUCAAACAAAAUGAUCGUAGAAAUUGUCAUAUUCCUACUAACAAGUUUGGCUGGCUAUUUCUUAUAUAGACAUAAAUGGGUACAUCGAUAUUUUGAAGAGAAAGGUAUCAAAUAUGUAGCCGGAAUCCCAAUAUUUGGAAAUGUAUUCAGAAGUACCUUCCUGUACAAUCAUAUAUUCGAUGACCUCGACGCCGUGUACAAAGCUUUUCCAGAUGAAAAAUAUGUGGGUUACAUUGAGGGCAUUGCACCCAUAAUUCUAAUAAGAGACCCUGAGCUGAUGAAAGCCAUAACAAUCAAGGAUUUCGACCAUUUCGUUGACCACAAGGAAUUCUUCUCCGAAGAAACUGACUCCUUGUUUGGAGGCAGCUUGAUUAUGAUGAAAGGAGAUAAAUGGCAUGAUAUGAGGACAACUCUGAGCCCGGCCUUCACUGGAUCCAAGAUGAGAAAAAUGAUGCCUUUUAUGACGGAAAUCAGCUCAAAUAUCAUUGAACACUUAAAAGGUCAUCUUAAUGAAGACAUUGAUGUGGAGGAUCUGAUACGUCGGUAUACCAAUGACGUCAUAGCGUCAGCUGCAUUUGGUCUUCAAGUGAACUCCUUAAAAGAUAAAGACAAUGAAUUCUAUAAGACCGGUCAAGGGUUAUUCCAUUUUAAUAUCAAGCAACGAUUCAUAUUCUUUAUGUCGGCUGUAUUUCCUAAUCUUUCCAAGAAAUUGGGUGUGCAAAUUUUCCCUGCGAAAACCACAAAUUUCUUUAGGAAUCUGGUGUCCAGCACAAUGGAACAUAGAGAGAAAAAUAAAAUCGAGAGACCAGAUAUGAUUCAACUAUUAAUGGAAGCUUCUAAAGGUUUAUUAAAAUCAGAAAAUGAAGGGAACGACAAUUUUUCACCCACGGAAGACACCUUUAAGCCUAAAACACAACAAAGGCAAUGGACGCAAAAUGAUUUGGCCGGUCAAGUAUUUAUUUUCUUCGUCGCCGGAUAUGAGAGUUCCGCUACUGCUCUCGUCAUGUGCGUCCACGAAUUGGCUCUCAACCAAGAUAUACAAGAAAAAUUAUACCAGGAGAUAAGGAGCUUUAAAGAGGAACACGGAGAUUUAACGUAUGAUAAUAUCAACUCACUGAAAUAUCUUGACUGCGUUUUGAGUGAAACCUCUAGAAAGUGGGCAGCUGCUCUGAUAAUGGAUAGAGUGUGCAAUAAAGAUUACGAGUUGCCUCCGCCGAGGGAAGGCGCAAAGCCAGUGCAACUCAAACCUGGAGACGUGGUCUACAAUGUUGUGAACUCAAUCCACAUGGACCCACAGUAUCACCCAAACCCUGAGAAGUUUGACCCAGAAAGAUUCUCUGACGAGAACAAACACAAAAUCAAACCAUUUACGUACAUGCCUUUUGGAAUGGGACCAAGAAAUUGUAUCGGUUCUAGAUUCGCCUUGCUAGAGUUAAAGGUCCUGAUGUACAACCUCAUACUGAACUUCAAGGUAUUGAAAUGCUCGAAGACCACUGAUCCUAUUGAGCUGAAACCUCAUGAAUUUAAUAUUAAACCGAAAGGUGGUUCUUGGGUGAGACUAGAAGCUAGAACAUGAUUGAUUUCUUCCUUUGAUACUUCAAUGUUAAAGGAUUAAUAAUCCUUUGCGUAUUUCAGAAGGCUAGAAUUAAAAAUAAAAAUUUAUUUAAUAUAUGAA